AUGGCUUGUGAGCCAAGAACUCAGUCAAAACAAUAUGAUUAUUUGCUGAAAUUUCUAUUAGUAGGUGACAGCGACGUGGGAAAACAAGAAAUAUUGAGUGGGCUAGAAAACGGGCCCUCAGAGUUUUGCAGCGGUAGUGCUUACAAAACUACUACAAUUCUUUUGGAUGGGAAAAGGGUUAAAUUACAGUUAUGGGAUACCUCUGGACAAGGGAGAUUUUGUACAAUAAUACGUUCUUAUUCAAGGGGUGCUCAAGGCAUCCUUCUAGUUUACGAUAUUACAAACAAAUGGUCAUUCGAUGGAAUUGGAAGGUGGUUAAAAGAAGUUGAUGAACAUGCACCUGGAGUUCCAAAAGUUCUGGUCGGUAACAGAUUACACUUGGCUUUCAAAAGGCAAGUAGGUGCAAGAGAGGCAGAGGCAUAUGCUAUAAAAAACAGAAUGGCUUUUUUCGAAGUGUCUCCUUUGUGUAACUUUAAUAUUAGAGAAAGUUUUAGUGAACUAUCAAGAAUGGCAUUGCACAGGAAUGGAAUGGAAAGACUUUUAAGAAGUAAUAAAGUUUUAAGCCUUCAAGAAUUAUGUUGUCGCACAAUUGUUGCUAGAACAACGGUGUAUAGCAUAGAACAAUUGCCUCUUCCUGAAAUGAUAAAAUCUCAUUUAAAAUCAUAUGCAAUGACUUCAUAUUCGUCUAUGUCAAUGCUGCCAAGAUAUGUAUUACCACAGACGAAAAGUGGAACUUUUAGAAAGUUAAAAUUUGUCGGAAGUAAUUCGAAUAAUGUUUUAACUCCACAAGUAGAACACAGAAGCAGCUGUAUUGGACGAAAUAGUUGUAUUGUAUCAUAA